AUGGCUCAGAUGAGGACCGAAUUAGGGAUGGUGUUGAAGCAUGUGAGCGGAGGUGCCAAAAAGGUAAAUGCUGUGAAUCAUUUGACUAGAAAUCCACCAUCGGUUGAGAAGUGCUACUAUGAAGAGGAUACUUAUGCAACUAUUGAUCCACCUAUGCUGUCUGAGGUCGAAGUUGAGGUUGAUGAUGAUGAGAUUGAGGUUACUGGAGAGUCCGAGAAUGCUAUAGAGAAGGAACUUUCCAUCAAUGUUCUGUUGAUAGAAGCUUCAGAGCAAAUGCCUGGGUAUGCAAAGUUUAUGAAAGAUUUGGUGACAGAAAAGAAGAAGAAGGAUCCUUGUGCCUUCACUAUUCUGUGUACCAUUGGGUUGCUAUAUUUUGUGAAGGCAUUGUGCGAUUUGGGUGCUAGUAUUAAUCUGAUGCCAUUGUCUAUUUACAAGAAGUUGGGUUUAGAGGAUCCAAAACUGACUGCGAUGCGAUUGCUCAUUGCUGAUAGAUAUGUGAAGAGGCCCAUUGGUGUGCUCCAAGAUGUACUAGUGAAAGUGGAGUCUUUUAUCUUUCCGGAAGAUUUUGUGAUACUUGAUUGUGAGGUUGAUUUUGAGGUUCCCAUUAUCCUUGAGAGACCAUUCUUUGCCAAUGGGCGCGCCUUGGUCGAUAUGGAGAAAGGGCAGAUGAAGUUCCGAUUGAAUAAUGAAGAGGUAACUUUCAACAUUCGUAGAUCCAUUAAGAAGAGUAGUGAGCUCAAGUCGGUAUCAAUGGUGAAUCAUAUUGUAAAGAGUAGUUCUAAGGUGCCUAUUGAAGAAAGGUUGGGUGUUGAUGCACUAGCAACGGUAAUGAUGAAUUUUGAGGGUGAUGUUGUUGAAGACUAUGAUGAAUUGGUCGCCGCACUUUGA